AUGUCGCGCUUUUUCCGUAGCAACGACACAGAUUCAGAGUCAGAGUCAGAUUUCAGCAACUCGUCGGCUUCCGACAGCUCCGACAACGAGUCCCCGCAGAAGCAGACUACCACCGCCGCCCCCGCUGGUGGCAGCCGCUUUUCGCGCUUCACCGAGGAUUCGGACGAUGAGGACGUCAAGCGUGUGGUGAAGACCCCCAGGCAGAAGCAGACUGAGGAGCUCCUCGCUCUGUCCAAAUCGAUCAUACAAUCUGCGCGCGACAGCAAAUGGCAGGCGGUCUCGGGUGACUUUGACAAGGUCAAGGUUGUUGCGAAGAAGCUUUCUGGUAUUCUCAAGGGCGAGAGCAUGCCCCGCGUGUUCAUCCGCGCCCUGGCCCUGAUCGAGACCUCGCUGGAAGAAGGUAACAAGGACAAGGCCAGUCUCAGCAAGCUCAGCACCACCGAGGCCCGCGGCUUCAACCAGCUCAAGCAGCGCCUGCGCAAGUACAAGGACUUUUCUGCUCAGGUCGCCGAGGAGCGGGCCAACCCCACCGCGUCUGACGACGAGGUCGAGUCCAAGUCUAACGUCGCGUCUCAGGCUGCAUCCCAGGCUAGAGUCCAAAAGGCCGUGCAGUCGUCAGCUGCCCACGAUUCGGAUGACGACAAGGAGGACGACGGCUUUACUGCCGUUGGUAAGGGCGGCAAGGCUGCUCAGGGCCCUGAAUACAGCCCCGAGACCCUCAACAAGUUCUUGCUCGAGGUCACCAGCACUCGUGGUCGCAAGAGCACCGACAAGACUGUUUCAAUUGAAAAGCUUGAGAAACUGCUGGCGGUCGCUGGCAACCCCCUGCAGAAGUGCAAGGUCCUGAUGGCGCUCAUCUCGGCUCAGUUCGACAACGUUCCCUCCGCCGGUUUCAUGUCUCCCGAGCUUUGGAACAAGGCGCGCGCCAACCUCGAUAACCUGCUAUCCACCCUUGAGAACAACCGCCAGAUUACUAUUUCCGAGGACGGCGAUGUGCACGACACCGAGGAGGACGUCAAUUAUAAUAACGAGACCAUCACCCUGCGCGGCUCGAUCAUCUCCUUCAUCGACCGCCUGGACGACGAAUUUACAAAGUCGCUGCAGAGUAUCGACCCGCACACCCCCGAGUAUGUCGGUCGCAUGCGCGACACCGUGCCACUAUACACGAGCAUUGUGCGUGCCCAGCAGUACUUUGAGCGCUGCAACAUCCAGGAGAGCGUAUGCCGUAUCGUGCUCCGCCGCAUCGAGCACCUGUACUACCGCACCGACCAGGUCAACCUGCACGUCGAGGCUGCCGUUGCCAAGCUGCCUGCCAAGGACGACUCCAAGAUUGUCCCCGUCUCGCUUGCUGGCGACAUGGAGGCCAUCAUCCACAAUCUGUGCGCCUACCUGUACCUCCACGCCGAGCCACUGCUGCGCACCCGUGCCAUGCUGAUGCACAUUUUCAACCACGCCCUGCACAAGCGUUACUACGUCGCGCGCGACUUGAUGCUGAUGUCCCACCUCCAGGAGAACGUGCACCAGGCCGACGUCAACACGCAGGUCCUGUACAACCGCGCGCUGGCGCAGCUUGGCCUGGCCGCCUUCAGGCUUGGGAAGAUCCAGGAGUCGCUCGAGCACACCACAGAGCUCGAGUCCUCGACCCGCCAGCGCGAACUCUUGGCCCAGGGCGUUGGCCAGCAGCGCACGCAGCAGCUGUCCCCGAAGGAGGAGCAGCUCCAGCGCCAGCGCCAGCUGCCGUUCCACAUCAACAUCAACUUAGAGCUUUUGGAGUGCGUGUUCCUGACGUCGUCGAUGCUCCUCGAGAUCCCGUUCAUGGCCUCCGCCAACGCCAACCCCGAGGCCCGCCGCACGCCCAUCAGCCGCGUCUUCCGCCGCAUGCUCGUCAUCAAUGAGCGCCAGGUGUUCUUGGGCCCUCCUGAGAACACCCGCGAUCAUAUCAUGGCUGCUGCCAAGGCCCUUGCCGCUGGCGACUGGGAGGCUGCCCGCGACUACAUCCACAACAUCAAGAUCUGGUCGUUGCUCCCCGACUGCGAGGAGAUCAAAGAGAUGCUGGCCACCAAGAUCCAGAUCGAGGCCCUGCGCACCUAUCUGUUCACCUACUCGACCCAGUUCGAGUCUGUCGGCGUGGAGGAUCUGUCUGCUAUGUUCGGCAUGCCCAAGAACAAGGUCUAUGCGCUGCUUGCGCGCAUGGUGUACCGCAGCGAGAUCCAGGCCUCCCUGGACGAGGUCAGCGGCGUGCUGGUCUUCAACAUGGCCAACUUUGAGGCCUCGUCGCGCCUGCAGCAGACGGCGCUUGUUCUCUCGAACAAGGCCAACUCGUUUGCCGACAUUAACGAGCGCGUGUUCGAGCUCAAGAUCAACGGCGGCCAGACGCUUGGCGACCGCCAGCAGGGCGGCGGUGCGCGCGGCGGACGCGGUGGUCGCGGCGGCCGUGGUGGUCAGCGUGGUGGUAGCAACCGCUAA